CCCCGCCGGGGCCGGCGCGCGCGCCCGAACAGAGAAUGUCCAAGGAGAAACAAAAGUUCUUUAGGUUCUCCGCGUUCAACCUCGUCGAGCGCCGCCGCCGCGACUCCUCCAGCGAGUGGGAGCGCUGGGGCGGCGUGCGCGUCACGCGCGUGCAGCGCCUCGAGCUGCGCCUGCACGAGCGCUCGCGUUCCCCCUCCCCUUCCCCUUCCCCGUCCCCCUCCCCCUCCCCGUCCCCUUCCCCGUCCCCUUCCCCGUCCCCUUCCCCGUCCCCCUCCCCGUCCGCCACGUCGUCCGCCAGCACGUCACCGCCCGCGCUGCCCGCGCCCGACCGCUACUGCACCGUGUUCGAGCGCCUCGCCGCCGACUGCGCGCCCGACGGCGCCUGGGGCUUCGCCGCAGAGGCGCGCAAGCAGCGCCCGACCGCUACUGCACCGUGUUCGAGCGCCUCGCCGCCGAAGCCCGCCGCGCCCGGCCGGCGCCGGCGCAGCCGCUGCGGCGACCGCCUGCUCACGACGCUGUUCGACGGCCUCUCGGAGUUCUACUCGGUGCGCACGGCGUCGCGCUCGCAGUCCCGCGCGCGAGCGCCGCCGCGCGAGACCCGCGAGGAGUCCGAGGAGCGCCAGGUGCUCAAGGAGACGCGGAGCACGUUCCGGCGGUACCAGGCAUCGCUGCGCCGCGACCGAAGCCGCGGCCGAAGCCGGGAGCGCAGCCGAGAGCGCAGCAGAGAGCGGAGCAGAGAGCGCAGUCGGGAGCGCAGCCGGUCGCGGCCGCCGGAGCGCGCGCGGUCCCGCAGCCGGCCGCGGCCGGCGAGGCCCGCGGCGCCAGUGAGACACAUUGAGAGUUGCGAACCCGCGGAGACCGAGGAGGCCGCGGAGAGCGUAGAGGCUUCGGAGCGCGGCGCUCAUAGGGACCCCUGCGUGGGCCCGCGGCUGUCGGCGUCGGCGCUGGUGCGGCGGCUGGCGGCGUGCAAGCGGGCCGGGGCGGGCGAGGACGCCAAACUGUGGCGCGGGCUGCUGGCGAGGCCGGCCACCAAUCAGACGGAGAGCAAGCGGCUGCCGGCCGGCGUCACGGAAGCCGACGCGGAACUCUUCAACCAGGCCAAGGCGGCUGCAAGUACGGCGCCCGAGGUGGACCUACCGCCCGCCACGCCCGCCCGGCCCCCCGGGACCCCUGCCGCGCCCGCCCGGCCCCCCGGGACCCCCGCCCGGCCCCCCGGGACCCCCGGCCCGGGGACCCCCGCCGCCACGCCGGCCCCCCUCCAGGCGGCCCCCCGCUGCCCGUCCGCGAUCGAGUUCGGCCAGUGGGAGAUUGAGACCUGGUACUCUAGCCCCUUCCCGCAGGAGUAUGCCAGGUUACCAAAAUUGUUCCUGUGCGAGUUCUGUCUAAAGUACGCGAAGAGUCGAGCAGUUUUAAUGCGGCAUCUGGACAAGUGUCUCUGGCGGCAUCCACCGGCCACUGAAAUCUACCGCUGUGGGGACAUAUCGGUGUUCGAAGUAGACGGCAACGCCAACAAAAUCUACUGCCAGAACCUCUGUCUCCUCGCCAAGCUGUUCCUCGACCACAAAACGCUCUACUACGACGUCGAACCCUUCCUAUUCUACGUCCUGACAAAGAACGACAGCAAAGGAUGCCACCUGGUCGGAUACUUUUCGAAAGAGAAACACUGCCAGCAGAAGUAUAACGUGUCCUGCAUCAUGACGAUGCCGCAGUACCAGAGACAGGGCUACGGGAGGUUUCUCAUCCAUUUUAGUUAUUUACUGUCAAAAGAAGAGGGACAACCCGGGACCCCAGAAAAACCUCUGUCGGACCUCGGGAGAGUCUCCUACCACGCCUAUUGGAAAUCUGUUAUCCUCGAAUUCCUGCACGAUCACAAGGACAAACACUUCACGUUUGAAGAUAUCGCGCACACGACAGGAAUGCACAUGAACGACAUUGCAGUCACGUUUCAGCUCUUGGGCUUUGUAAGAUAUAUACCUAAUAAUGAUUCUAUGAAAUUAGGACUUUGUAUAGACUGGAAUAGAGUAGAUAAUCAUGUGAAAAGAGUGACCAGUAGACAGCGGUUGGAAAUCGAUCCUGAAUGCUUGAGAUGGACGCCGCUGUUAGCGCCGACCGUAAAUCCGUUCAGAUCUCCCGAGGAGGGCUCUCUUGACCAAGACACAAAUGACGAAACGGAAAUGAAGACGGAGAGCGAAGACACCGCAACGGAGACCGAGACUUUACCUCCCAAACCUGUGGUAAAGACUAAAGAGAAAGUUGAAAAAGAAUCGACGGAAGUACCCGUGGAGGUUACCUCAUCUGGCAGGAGACGAACGAGACCAUUGAAAUAUAGCGAAGCCACGUACCAAACCACGCCCACGCCACUCGAGGGUGGUCGGAAAAGAAAACGUGAUCUCAAUGCUAAGCUCUCGGAAUCUAACGCGGACGAGGACAAGAAAGACGAGGAAACGCCGAGAAGACAGAGAAGUAAAAGCGUUUCAAGAAGAUCGUCUAGAGUCGUCCAGAAUGACGCCAGCGAGGAGCCUAAUGUCGCCAGGAACAGAAGACAAAGUAUUAAAGAGCCUACCUACGCUUCCGACAGCCAGGAGAGUCAGGAAGAUAGCUCGAUUGUUGUUAAAACCCCAGUCUCGAAUCCAGUUAAACCUAAGGCUAAGAGAAAAAUUGCGUAUAAAGGUCGUCAAAGAAAGCGACAAAAAGUUAACAAAUCUCCCAAAGGCAGAACUAGCUCGCCGGUGGCGAAAAAACCGAAGUUGGCGGAGAGUAAAGCGGAAACAAACGAUUACAAAACUGACGAAUCUAUGGAGGAACCCGAGAAAAUGGCCGUUGUCGCAGACGAGGAGCGUCCAGAAUCUCCGAAAGUUCAAAGCAACGAGAAGCCCGAGGAGAAAGCUAAAGAUUCCGAGGCCAGCUCGGAGGACUCGUCGGGCGAAGCUGACGAUGAAAUGGACGUCGAGGAAGGCGAGGACAGGAGAAGCGUUCCCUGUAAGCCCGCCACGCCGCGACACGUCGAGGAGAACAGCACGGAUCAUCACACCAGCGAUAUGGAGCUCGACAGCAUCCAUAUGGCCUCCCCCAAAUCGAUAGAAGAUAAGGACCAAGUCAUUAACGAAACCUCCACUAACGAGGAGUCUCAAAAGGAUGCCCCUGAACCUGAAAACACAACUGACGACGCCGGUGUGGUGAAUAAUGACACCGCCGACGCGAAGUCAGCGCCAAAAGACUUAGAUGAAAAGAAAGUGCCUGAAAUUAGAAACGGCGACAUGAAGUCGCCUACUAAGCCAGUUAUUGAUGAUAAAGAUACAAUAGUUAUUUCGGAAUCCGAUGACAAUAACAGUCAGAGUUGUCCACUGCCAUCGCCCAAACCGAACGUGGUGGCGCCGGUGCCGCAGAGUAAUGAUAAUAAACCCAAAGAGAUAGAAGAAAACGAUAGCCCUUCUAAGGUUAUACCUGUGGUGUCCACCGAGAACGCCCACAUAGUUUUAGAUCCUAAGGUCCAAGAGGAGGUCAACAUUAUUAGAAGUCCGCUAGAAAACAAUACGACCCCUAAAACUCAUCAAAUAGAAACCAUAGUUGUAGAAGGAGAGUCGGAUACGACGAAUUCUCCGUGUAUAUCGCCUAGGAAAAUAGAUAAAUCAGUUAUUAGUGAAUCGCCCAAGCCGAAGAAAUCUCCAGAAACAAUGAAUAUGGACGCUUCGAGCGAGAUAAAAAAGUGCGAAAUGAGAAAAGAAACUGUGAUUCAGCAUCAAACCGUAGACGAAACUAAGACAGAUAAGAAAUCUCCUACUAAAAUAGAAUCUAUCAUACAGAACUUGGAUCCGCAAAGGGAGCUGCCCAUUAAUAUUAAGAAAUUAGAACCGCCCAAGCUAGAUUCGUUCGUAGAUGCGGAUAUUAGGAAUAAGGUUCCGAACCAAAACUCGAUAACGAUAAGCAAGGAGGGCGAGCUUCCCUUUCGGAACGACUUGCUGAACACGAGGAAGGACGAGAUCGUCAUCACGAGGAGCAUAAUCGAGUCGAACAUGCCGUCCUUUCCGACGCCAGUGAGCAACUCGAUGACCAUCCAGCAGAUCAACAGCGCGCAACACUCCUUCCUCAACCACCGCGCCGCCGCCAGCAAGGAGUCGCAGGCCGUGCAGACCGACAAGCCCAUGCUCAAGACCAGCGAGCCUGGCCGCAGCCUUAACAUGGCCGACUCCACUCCCGUGAUCAGCAAGACCACCAAACUAGAAGUGCCUCACCCCAUCACGUCGCCCAUAAUCAACCCCGUGAUACCCAAAGUUCCGAACGUUACAGAUAUAAGUUUUUUACCGCGAUGCCAGAGCGCUAACGCCGCCGUUAACUUAGGAAUGGAGAGAAACGACUUAGAAAAUAGUUUCGCGAGCAGUAGCGCCAUACAGAAUUCGUUGACGGGGUCCAUGAACAUCGUCCAGUCGACGUCCCAGGACAAAAACGAUCCGAAUUUAAAACCUCGAGAGAAGAGCAAACUCCGCGACGUUCGAGUGAACUCGGCGCACAGCAAACUCGAGAAAACGGACAAGAAACCGUCGAAGAACGACACUCCUAGAAGCACGCCGGAGCCGAAGAUGUUUUUUCCGGAGCAAAGUACAAACGCAAGGAAGCCGGAGACGUCCGUUCCUAUAAACGUGAUCAACUCGGUGACCGUCAGCAAGACAGAGGCGAAGACGACCGCCGAGGCGCCGAAGAAGCAGGAUUUUUUUAAGAAAGAUAAGGCCAGCUCCGCCAAGUGUGACUCGAAAACCGCCUCGGUCAAGCACGACAAGAGCUGCACGGCGCAGCUGAAUCUCAAGGCGGACCAGAACGACACCAAUAAAGCCUUGCCCAAGUUCAAAUACGAUAAUGAGCUGAUACCGAAGGCGGACUACUCGAUGAACCAGAUCCCAAACUACCACACCACGCACGCGCAGUACCAGUGGGCGCCGUGGGACGCCGCGCGCCUGCAGGGCACGUGGGACCCCAACCGGUUCCUGGAGAUGAAGAACAGCGACAAGAACUACCUCGACAAGUUUCAGGGCUUCAACCUGCCGCACCUGGAUCCGGUCCAGAAGUCGCCGCAGAAGCUGCACACGAAAUACGACCAGAAGGACUUCCACAACAUCGCGUACGGACCACUAUCCACCGUGUACUCGGGCCUACCUCAUUUUAAAGAAACCAAGGGCCCGGCUAAAUCCGAGUGUUCGCAGAAGAACGAUUGCAAGCCUUCUAAACAAUCGAAAACUACCACCGCGUGUCAAACGCAGUGCGAGCCGAAGAAGUCUCAGUCGCAGAGCUCGGCGGAGGCGCAGAUCAAGCAGAUGAUGCAGCGGCAGGCGAAGCAGCAGGAGCAGACCAACUGCGCGGAGUACCGCCAGCAGUCUCCUCAAGUGAUGACGUCGCCGGGCUGCAAAACUUACACGCAGAACGGGCCGUGCGAGAAGACUGACGUCGAUAAGAAAUCUCGGAAGAAGGACGACACGCCUAAAGAGAAAGAAGAGAUGUGUGAAGCGGCGAGUCCGGCGCUGCAAUCGAUGGGGGUCUACACGCCGGAUUCGACCAGCAAUUCGGUUCAUUCGGUGCAGUAUGGAAAUUGCGAGUUGGACGUGAGCCAGUUGGGGCUGGAGUCGCCGACGAGCAUCGGGUCGGACCUGGCGUCGCCGUGCUCCAUGAUGCACAUGCACCCGGCGCCCAGUCCGCAGUACCCGCACUCGUCCAUCCACAUCCCUUCCAUCAUGACGCAGCCCAACCAGCCGCCCAAGCAGCAGAAGAUCAACAACCGGAAUAGGAACAACGCGGCAAGCAGCAACAGUGGCGGCGCUUUAGCACAGGGUGAGAACAAACUUCGCGGCGCCGCCACGCCACCCGCGCGGCACCGCGCUACGCCACCUGCUCACCAACCUCACGGCGGCGUGGCGAUGGGCGCGGCGAGCGGCGGCGGCGGCGGCUACCAGGGCGGCUACCUGUCCUUCCAGCAGCAGCAGCAGUACCACGGCGGCGGCUGGCCCGCGCCCUCCUGCAGCCUGGCCAAGCUGCAGCAAAUGGCCGAGCACCACCCGCCGCACUCGCAGCAGUACGCGCAGCAGUCAGCCACGCCGCCGAGCGGCGCGACGUCGUCGGCGCACUACCACGCCGCCGCCAAGUACUACGCGCCGCACAACCAGCUCGACUCGCCGCGCAACACACGGAACACCUCCAGCAACCUCAGCCCGAUGCAGCACAUGCAAAUGGCGCCUGGCUCACGCAUGUCGCCGAAUCUCAACACACACAUCAUCAGCCAGUACGGGCUCAACGGGUACCGCGUGCCGCCGCAGCAGCAGUUCAACAACCUGCCCGUGCAGAUGAUGAAUGUGCAGCCAGCACAGUACCCAGCGCCAGACGCGCGCGCGCAACAGCCAAAUGUCUACUACGGGUAUAUCAACCCGCCGCCGCCGCUCGCCAUGCAGCCGCUGAACUCGUCUAUGCGCCGGUAGCGCGACCCCGCCGCGCCCGACGCGCCUGCGGGGCACGCGUGACGCGGCGACCCCGACCGGUCUGUUCUCAGGUCAUCUGGGUGAUCAAAGUGGACCCCGACCGGUCUGUUCUCAGAUCACCCGGGUGAUCAAAGUGGACCCCGACCGGUCUGUUCUCAGAUCACCCGGGUGAUCAAAGUGGACCCCGACCGGUCUGUUCUCAGAUCACCCGGGUGAGAAGUGGAGUCCGAGCGACACGACCCCGAUUGGUCUGUUCUCAGAUCACCCGGGUGAUCAAAGUGGACUCCGAGCGACAGUUUGGUGUCUUUCGACAACCUAUGGACAAGACCUGGGUGAUCAAAGUGAACUUAGAGCGACAAUUUGGUGUCCAUUGAUCACCCAUGGAUAAGAUGACCUGGGUGAUCAAAGUGAACUCCAAGCGAUAAGUUGGUGACCUUUGAUCACUCAUGGAUAAGAUGGCCUGGGUGAUCAAAGUGGACUCCAGUUAAAUUAUUAUUUUAGCUUCCUUUGAUCACCUAUAAAUAAAUCACACCUCU